GGUCGCGACCGCGAAGUAAAACCUAUUCAGCGUGACCGCCGUGAUAGGGACUUCGAUUCAUGGGAGCGUUAUGUGCGUGAGCGCGAUCGCUCCAGGGAUGUCCGAAGGUCUUCCCGGGAGAGGGCUGACGAAGAGAGGGCAUUACAUUCUUCAAAGCGAUCUAAGAGAAUCGAGGGGGUCAGUAUUCCAUAUCGGCUCUACGGACGACAAGAUCUAAUCUGACGGAUAUCAGCAUGCAAUCCGGUCCUCAGUUAUGGAAUCAGGUGACAAUCCUGAGAGCGGCAGUCGCCACGGAAAAGACCGUCUAGAUGCUUCUCAGAUGACGCCAGGAAAUCUGUCCUUUCAAUCGAGAGACGACAAAAAAAGAUCCAUCGACGUCAUCAACGAGUUCUCUAGUCGUCUUGCAAGGCUGUGUAGUCAGCUGGUUCAAGAUUCAUGUCAGCUUGACAAGGAAGAAGACAAAUUAAAGGCAUUUACGGAGUUGUCUACCGAGCUUUCCAAAGCUGCACCGUCUACUGCGAUGGCGGUGACUCCUGCUUUGGCAGCCGUUAUAACAAGUCACGCGAAAUCCAAAGAGCGCGUGGCAACGCGCGUUAGAGAACUAGAUUCUCUGUGGGAGAGCCUGCUCUCAAAUAUCGUGACGACCAUUGUAAAAACGACAGAUAUCAACUUGGAGCGCGCCAUUGCAUUGUUGCACACAGAAACGGAUGUGGCUCUGCAGUCAUAUUUUCGAUCUUACAGUCCGCUCUUGCUCAAACGGAAGGCACGGCACCAAUCCUGGGGGGAGCUGGACGAGCUAUUAGAGUUGAAAAAUACUUCAGCCGACGACGAUAGAGAGAAUGGAGCAGCAGGUGCUGAACAUGGGUCCAAGGCAUGGUCGCGAUCACCAGAUUCAAAACGUCGUCGGGUGGAAUCAUCUACGCCAACAGCGGUUCCUGUAAAGGAGGAAAACGUUGACUAUAAAGGUUUGCUGGAGGCAAUGAAGUCGUCCUUGGCUAUGCAGACGCGAACAUUUGAACUGCUUGCCAAAGAAAAACAACUGCUCACGUGAUGCAGAUUAUCGUGCAACAUCGAUCACAUCC